AUGAAUAAGACGUACUAUGAAAUACUUGGUUUGAAAUCUGACUGCUCAAUCGCGGAGAUUAAGAAAGCAUAUAGAGAAAAAAUUGUCAGUACGCAUCCAGAUAAGUCAAGAGAUUUGAUUCAGAAUGUUGAUGGCCAAUUGACUGUGGACGACAUCCAAGAGGCAUACAAAACUCUAGGAAACGAGCAGCUUCGAUUGCAAUAUGAUAAGCAGAUUCUGGAGGGACACAAGAAGCGAGGAUACCAUAAUUCUGGAGAUGGAUUAGACGAAUAUUCUUUGGAUAAGUUUUUUUUCAGCGCUGCAACCAUGGAAUACUCUAUGGACUGCCCUAGAUGUCAUUCUAAGGACGGAUUUCACUUCAGCGAGGAGGCGCUAGAAGAGCAUGCGGAGGAAAAACCUUGCGGAUUUCAGGUUUUGUCUCAAUGCUCUGCUUGCAGUUUAUGGCUCAAGGUGAAUUUUGACGUUGCAGAAGAGUAA